GGCCGUCCAAAUCUCACAGCAUGCUGUUUCGUAGGGCGGGCUCCGUCCCAUGAUGGGUCUUUGGGCGUGUAAGUGUCCCCUUGAACGUUUUUUAAGCAACUUGAACGCGUGUGGUUGGGACCCACGGAUGAAACAUCCCUCGUCUCCAUCUGAUGCUGGAGAUGCUGAAGGCUCCAGAGAAGAUCCACCUCCUGCAUUCACAGGGGGCACCCGGGGCCUGCCCACCCUGGCAGACCUUAGGGACGGGCAGCGAGGAUAUAACCCAGCCGUGUGCCGCCGAGCGUCUCGGGGGCCCGACAGCGGCCCUCCACGCGAGCACCCUCUCUGCCUUGCUCCCCAGCAACAGCCCCACCAGCACCUCAUAGACCACGGCCUCCCCAACCCUAGCUGGAGCCGAGAGAUGAUGGGCCAGUUUGAGAAGUUCACCAAGAAGUCCGAAGACAGAUCGUGGCAAAGGAUCCCGAGUUAUAACAAUACCCUGGACUCCAUUCCAGGUCAGUGUCUUCAUCCCCCUUCAACGGUUCCCCCGCGGUCACUUUGUUCCUUCCAAGCGGUUAAGAAAAACAGGAACGCCAACUCCAUCCCCAUCCGUGGCAGCGUUCUUCCAGAACGGAGCCUCCUGGAGAAAAGCUGGCACCUAAAUCCGAUCGAUAUGGCGUUUCCAACUUUUACACUUCUUUUUUCUUUUUGGCUCCCCUCUCUCUCUUUUUUCCUUGCAGUCUACCGCAAAGCAGAAUACAAUGUGGAAAAGCUAGAAGGCACCCUUCUGUUUGUCCGAAACGUGGCUACCGAAGGCCGCGGGUUUGAAUUCGCUAUGUUUUUCAACGGCGCGGAGAAACGAAUGGUGGUACUUCUCCAGCCGGGUCUGUAUUUGGAAGGGAUGAUCGGAUUCAUGCACGGUGGGGCCAUGGCUGCCAUCCUCGACCACACCUUUGCAAGCUGCGCCAUCUGUGCCCUCGGAGUAGGGAUGACCGCCAACCUCUCCAUAAACUACAAAAGCCCCAUCCCACUGGGCUCCGUGGUCCUUGUGGAAACCAAGGUGGAGAAGAUGGAAGAGAAGAAGACGUUCAUGUCCGGGGGUAUGCGGAGUGCAGAUGGUCGUCACGUUCAUGCAGAAGCCACAGCUCUCUUCAUCAAACUGGACAUGAAGAACCCCAAGUGAUUCUCCCAGCCCAACCGUGACCCUUCGUGGGCUUUCUCAAGGGAGUCUGAAAUCUCCCCUUUCGUUGGAAACACAGUUCUCGGGGCCUCAUUUCCUCCAAGGCUGGAUCGUCUGGGACGGAGCACCGGGACUAACUUUGAAUCAAGACAAGUUGCCCGCACUUAUUCUCAUCAGUUUUCAGAGGCUUGGGGAGGCCUCAUUAGACCUUUCCUAAAGAUUUUGGAUUGGUUUGUAGUACUUGAAAUUCCCAUGAGAAUGUCAUUCUUUUUUUUCUUUUUACCCCCCUGAUCAUCUUAGGGCUUCAGCUGCCUCGGCAAAAUCUAUCCAAGGGUUCUCUUUAAAAGAUAGACGUGUUGCUUAAACCUGGUUCUUCGGAAAAUCACGGGAAAAGAAUGAAUGUGUUUGUCGCUAUCCUUUUUGUGAUUUUGGGGCGGAUGAUGCAAAGAGGAGCGUUGUU